AUGGCUGCGACUGCGAAAGGGAAAUGGUUUGAUCGAAUCGUCCUAAUCAUCUUUGAAAAUACGAAUUAUACUGAUGCUAUCGCAAAUUCAUAUUUAAAGGAAAUAACGACACGGCCAAACGGCGUACUCCUGUCGGAAUAUUAUGCCGUGGAGCAUCCUUCUGAGCCAAAUUACAUUGCACAAAUUGCCGGUUCAACUUACGGAAUUUUGGAUGAUGAGAAUUACGAUAUCGACGACGAAACGUUAGUAGACCUUCUUGAAAAGAAGGGGGUUUCGUGGAAAUGUUACAUGGAAGACUAUCGUAAACUUUAUGCAAGGAAACAUAAUCCAUUUUUUUCGUUUACUCCGAUUACUAAAAAUGCUACCCGUUGCGCCAAAGUCGUAAAUGCUAACCGGCUUGAUGAUGAUAUUAAGAAUAAUCAAGUUCCACAACUAGUUUAUUACGUCCCAAAUCAAAAUAAUAACGCCCAUGACACUAAUAUCUCAUACGCGUCGGCAUGGUUUAAAAAUUGGCUUGAACCUAAACUCAAAAUGACUUCGUUUACCCAUAAGACUCUAUUUUUCACCGUGUUUGAUGAAUCAGCAAAUGAUAAUGACACAGUUAAUCAUAUUUAUGCAUCUCUCCUCGGUGAUCCUGUCACUAAAGACAAUUAUCACAAUGACACAACACAUUAUACCCAUUACUCAUUUUUGAGGACUGUCGAGGACAAUUGGGAUCUUGGAUCAUUGAAUCGAAACGAUUCAUCAGCGACCCCUUUUUCCUUGUAUUUGAAUGAACAGCAUUAA